ACACUACGUCUGUGGUAAUCAUACCGUGAGGAUCGUGUUUCUACUUGCACAACCGACGACAUGAGUAAAAUUGGAAUUAACGGAUUCGGCCGUAUCGGCCGUCUGGUACUUAGGGCCUCCAUCGAAAAGGGUGCCCAGGUCGUCGCCAUCAAUGACCCUUUCAUUGGUUUGGACUACAUGGUCUACAUGUUCAAAUAUGACUCUACUCACGGCAAAUUCAAGGGAGAAGUUAAAGCCGACGGUGGUUGCCUAGUCGUCAAUGGCAAUAAAAUUGCCGUGUUCAGCGAACGCGACCCAAAAAGUAUUCCAUGGGGCAAAGCUGGUGCUGAAUAUGUUGUAGAGUCGACUGGCGUCUUCACCACCAUAGAGAAGGCCUCUGCUCACUUGGAAGGUGGUGCUAAGAAAGUCAUCAUUUCUGCACCAUCGGCCGACGCACCUAUGUUCGUCGUUGGCGUUAACUUGGAUGCUUACGAUCCGAGUUACAAAGUCAUCUCCAACGCUUCUUGCACCACCAACUGCUUAGCUCCUCUCGCUAAAGUUAUUCACGAUAACUUCGAAAUUGUUGAAGGUCUCAUGACCACCGUUCACGCUAUCACCGCUACCCAGAAGACUGUUGACGGACCUUCUGGCAAAUUGUGGCGCGAUGGACGUGGUGCCGCACAAAACAUUAUUCCUGCUGCCACUGGAGCAGCCAAAGCUGUCGGCAAGGUCAUUCCGGCUCUAAAUGGAAAACUGACUGGUAUGGCUUUCCGUGUCCCAGUGCAUAAUGUAUCCGUGGUCGACUUAACAGUCCGACUUGCUAAACCUGCAACCUACGACGCCAUUAAGGCCAAAGUAAAGGAAGCGUCCGAAGGACCUUUGAAGGGUGUUUUAGGAUACACAGAAGAUGAAGUAGUGUCUUCCGACUUCAUUGGUGACAACCACUCCAGUAUUUUCGAUGCCAAAGCCGGUAUUCCCUUGAACGACAAUUUCGUUAAACUUAUCUCGUGGUACGACAACGAAUACGGUUACUCCAACCGCGUGGUCGACCUGAUCAAGUACAUUCAAACAAAGGACAACUAAACAGUUCUUCGUAUGUCCAUGUGUAAUACAUUCAGAAUUUUUUCUGUGUGAUGUGUAUCAUACAUGCAUAUCGUCGUUGUAUGGAUACUUCAUAUUAAAUAACGUUCUGACUAGCCAGUAGCGUUCCCGAACAAAAAUUGAAGAUGUAAAAUAAAGAGUACUAUAGCAUACAAUUGUUCUUGCACGGAUAAAAAGCUUGCAACCAAUGUUGUACAGGUAUCUGUUGCCAAAAAUCAGUACAAAAAAUAAGCAGGUCUUAGAGUUCGUUACAUUAUUUAAUUCGAAUUUCAAUUCAUAGUUUUUCAUAUUAAUUCGUUACCGAUGUAAAAAAUAUGGCUGCAAAUAGAACACACAUGUAUGUAAGGUACACAGCCAACUAUGUAACAUAAAUUAUUGUAUUCUUGAGCGAUAUCGCGUAGAUACAACUAAUGUACGUUACACCUAACCAAUUUAUACUCAUUCAAUCAACAUUCACAAGAGGGACAUAAGAACAUUUGUGAUUCCUUUUCUGUAACAUUAUUAUUUAUCAUUCAUUGACACAAAUAAAAAUUGUUAUGAUACUAA